UAGCGAUGAGCUGCUUCGCCUUCGGCCAGGAGCUGCCGGCAUUCCGCCGAGCGAUGACGUCAAGAACCUAUGCAUCAGCCUAGGCUGCUGGCGGAAAACUCAUCGGGGUCGAAGGGCGGGAAAGCGAGUACACAAACAUUCCAACAGGUGUACAGGUGCGAAGACACGGAAUUCGCUCUCUGUGUGUUUGAUGAAUGCGAGAUCUAUUCGUAACAAGGCCGGUGAAAUAUCCGAUUUUGUAGAGGAACAUAGGUACGACGCCGUAAUUAUAUGCGAGACUUGGCUUCAUUGUGAUGAAAAAGUAAUUGAAACCGCUGUUACACCUAAUGGUUACUCGUUUAUUCAUACUGCAAGGAAAGGUAUGGUUCCAAAACCGGCGAGCAAAACUGAAGCGGCAAUAUAUGAAUACGAAUAUACCUCAGUCGAUGUUCCCGAUCAAAUCACUUCAACGUAACAUGUCAUCAGCCAAUAUGUCGAACACAUGCCAGCUCCCAAUCAAAUCGUGGCUUCAUCUGUCUUCACAAAAAUCUGAAAGACUAUCCAAGCAAUAUUAUUCAGGCCUUCUAUUCAGUCAAAUUGAUGCAAGUCCUCUAAGACACCCAAUUGCUGCUAGUUUUCCGAUCUAUCCGGUACCAUUUCACGUCAAGCAACGAAGCCCAACUACAUUGGUUAUAGAAGGGUCUCAUUCCUGGAAGGAUCCUUCUAGGGAUACAAGUAUAUUGUUGCUACGAAGGCGUGCGAAAGAACAUCUGCACUUGCCCGAAAAAGCAAUGUCCAACUGAAAACCAAGAUCAUCCAUUGAGUUGAAUCAGUGACGAAAUGAUCUGAAAGGGUUCAUUAUAGAUAAGCGCUCACAAUGUGGCUAUCAACAAAUACCAAGUUUUAUUUGAACAAAUGUUUUUCGUCCCUCGAAUAAAAUCAUAUCAAAAUAUUUUUUAUGAUAUUUAAUAUAUAUAAUAUUUAAGUCAAUAUUGUUUGAACUUUCUGAACAAAUUAUUAUACUAGAACAUUGAAUAUUUUAACGCUUUAUUACUAAAGUUGUCUGGUUUUAAAUUAAUGUAAUAGGUUUUGGUAAAAGUUUAAUAUAACAGGUUUUCGACCUGGUUUAAAUUGGGUUUAAUUUCAUUAAAACUUCAUUUUUAACACGCCAUGUUGCCUUGGCAUUUUACCAUCGUGAAUUCCAUUACUAUUGGUACAUACUUUUAUCUAUGUAGGUUAAUUUUAGUAGAAAUUUAAAGGUUCAAAUAUGUUCAAUGAUUUAAAAAAAUGUAUUUUACUUAUCAAAAUAGACAUUAUAAAAAUUCUUAAUAUGUCAAUACAAUAAUUGAAAACAAUUUUUUUUUAAAUAUAUUUAAAAACGCCAUAGUGCCUUGGUAUUUUACCAUCGUACUUGCCUUCAAAUAACAUCUCAGUAAAUUCCCUUUUUUUAAAAAUAGGUCAAUACAAUAAUUGAAAACGAAUCUCCCAAUUAGAGUAAAAUAUUUUUUUUUCUCCAAAUCUUAGAUCAUUUGGGGUCAAAGUUUGUUCGUUUUUACAUCAUUAUUGCACUUGGCGUCAAAUAAAAUCUCAAUAUUUUUUUUAACUUAAACUUAAUUGUUAUUAAGUUCAAGUUCAAGUUUAUUUCGCAGCUUCCAUAAGAAGCUAAAUUGUA